AUGGGCAGGACGAGAGGCAACAAGAGCGCAGCCGGCGCCGGCGGUGUGGGCGGCGUGAGGUCGUUCCCGUCCUCGGCGUCGUCGUCGUCGGAGUUCGAGUUCACGGUCACGCUGUCGCCGGCGUCCAAGCAGCGGUCGGCGGAGCAGCUGUGCCCGGCCGACGAGCUCUUCUACAAGGGCCAGCUCCUGCCCCUGCAGCUAUCGCCGCGCAUCUCCAUGGUGCGCACGCUGCUGCUGUCGUCGGCGUCCACGUCGUCCGCCUCCGCGUCCGACUCCACCUCCACGUCCAACUCCUCCCGCGACUCCAACGGCAGCACGUCGUCGUCCUUCUCCGCCGACUGCGCCGCGCUCCUGCUCCCGGACUCCGUGGCCUCGUCGUCUCGCCCCAGCUCCGCCACCGAGGAUGACCGCCACCUGCACCACCCGCUGUCGGCCGCCGCCUCGUUCGCGGGGCUGCCACCCUCCAGCAAGCGCACCGGGAAGCAGUACCUCUCGUCCUUCGCCACUCGCUUCUCCUCCGUCUUCCACCGUGGCGCCGGCGCUCCGGCCGCGAAGAAGCAGCCGUCCAAGUCGCUCGCCAAGGAGGUGAUCAAGAAGUACGCCAAGAAGGUGAAACCGCUCUACGAAAAGCUCUCCCAGAUCCCCAAGAACCAGAACAACGUCAACGUCAACGGCGGCGUCGGCGCCAACAACCAACCGCAGCAGGGGUUCAAGAAGCCGUUCACCUUCUCCAUCCGCAAGAAGAGAGGCGACGACGACCACGCCGUCGCGGCUGCGGCAGCGGUGGAGGCUGAGGCUGUUGGCGGCAAGUACGCGCACUCCAACUCCUUCUCCGGGAACCUCCGGUUCCCGCGCCAGAAGCGGGCCGCGGCGAGCUGCCCGUCAUCGAUGCGGUCGUCGCCGAGCCACUCGGGCCUGCUCACCUUCGGCGGCGCCGGUGGCGUCGGCUUCCCCGACGUGCCGGCAGCGGCGGCGGCGGCCGUUGCGAGCGGCAUUGGCGUCGGUCCGCCGGUGUCACUGUCCACGGCAUCGUCCAUGGAGGAGCUCCAGAGCGCUAUCGAGGGCGCCAUCGCUCACUGCAAGAACACGAUGGGCGGGGCCGUGUCGGUGUGCCCGCGCAAGGCGGCGGCGGCGGGCGCCGAUGAGAUCUGCGCGUUCUGA